UAUCCUGGGACUUUGUCAUCUUAUCUUAGAUCUUUUCUACUUAAAGUUUAAGUUUCAAUUUUAUCUGUUCUGCGGUAUUUCAGCGAGAGUUCUUUGAUACAAAUAGUGAGCGUGAGCUUUUUUCAUCACCAAAGUUCCGGUCAUGUUUUUUUAGAUAGAGUAAAUUAUUUGUGAAGAUCUGGGACCACCAUGGACCCAACAAACUCCAUCUCUGAGGGAGUUUUUGCAUUCAAUCCAAAACCAAAGAAGAGUGCAAAAAAUAGAAAAACACCGAAUGAAUUCGCCUUCUUCAAACAAAAUGACUGGUAUAAGUCGUUCGACUCUGUUUGGAGUGAGAUUCACCAAAAAGUUGUCGAGGAAGAAAACAAAAUCACAUCUGAGCUACAGUCAAAAGUCAAUAAGUUUGCUCACUCAGCCGAAUCAAGCACUGACACCAUUCCCACAAUAAUUAUGCUCACAGGUGUGAAUCUGUCCGACCACAAGCAAUUGUUCAAAAAUAUUGAUGAUUACAUUUUAAACAAUUCAAAAUCAUUCACAGCAACUUUAUGGGCUGACAGUUGCACAAACAUUCGCAACAUGAUUGAGAGUCUCGUGUACCAGAUUGAAACUACCGGGGGUGAACCAGAUUCAGAGUAUUUAGAACAUGAUGAAGAUAGCGAUUCAGAAGAACACCAGUACAUCAGUAUUAAAAGGGCAAACCAGACUUUGCCCCACCUUGUAAAUUGGUUCAACAAUCUGGAAGCCAACCAGGCGGAAGAACCGACCAAGAAAAAGUCCAAGACGGAAACUGAAAUCACAACAAGCCCUAGGAUCAUUAUCAUUUUACCAGAUUUUGAAGCCCAUGACGAGAAAGUUCUCCAGGAUUUUAUUCUGAUUUUAAGUGGAUAUGGAUCAAAGCUGCCCAUUGUUUUCAUAUUCGGUGUUGCGUCCAUGAUCUCAGCUGUCCAUGAUACUCUACCGAAUCAUGUCAUUUCGAAACUGUCGCUUGAGCUUUUCAAAACCCCACGCUCAAAAGAUUUUCUCAAUUCCACUAUCGACUCUGUUUUUCUUACACCUGACUGCCCUUUCAUGAUCAGUGGGAAAGUACUGAACUUUUUAAACGAAGUAUUUUUAUGUUAUGAUUUCUCGUUGAAAGGUCUCAUCACAUCUCUAAAGUUCUGCAUCAUGGAUCACUUUUUUGAAUCAGGAUGUACUCAGUAUUGUUGGCCUAGAAAAAACCUAGCAGAUGUCAUAAACAAUUUAGCUCCAGAACAACUAACCAAUCUAAAAAGAGUUCCUUCUUUUGCUGAAUUAAUUGAGAAGCGCAAACGCACUAAUGAUCCACCUCCUCCAAAAACUGCGCAAGAUUACAAGAAUUUAAUCAUUGAGAAGUUGAAAGAGUUGCAUGAGUCCAUCAAAGUGUUUUAUGUCGGCCUCCACUGUCUGCAAAUCUUGGUGCAAGAUCUUCCUGAGAAACCGCUCGGAUCUGAUUUACGAGAACUAUACAUCAAAGCAAUGAUAUCAACAAUAAUUGAAAGCAAUGAGUAUGAGGAGUGCAUGAAAACCUUACGCUUUUCAUCGAAACCAGCUCUCAUUGAAAAAUUGAAAAAAAUACUAGAUUAUUUGAAGAAACCAGAGGUUCAAUUACCAACAGUGGAAAAUUGUCGUCGGAAAGUUGAAAGACUGCUGAAGAAAAUUGAAACAGCCAGUCCGGAAGUAAACUCAGCGUCCGAGAGCCCCUCAAAAAGCCCAAGCAAGAAAAUGCUCCAGAAACGAGGAGACCUCAGUCAGUAUUGCCUUGAGCUACAACAGAAGAAAAUGAGUGAAUUUGAAAUUGUACGAGAAGAAGUUUUGAAGACUCUGACUUCAGAAGUGUUCAAUGAACUGUUGGUUAAAUUGACCAAACUUCCAUUUCAUGAAGAAUUAAUUUACAACAAAAGAAGUGCAGUGAAAGAAGCAAUGAUCGGAAUGCCCAGAGGGGCGGUAGUGCGAGCUUUGGCAAACCCACAAAAGGCUUUACAGUGUAAUUGUUGUAAGCUGAGGGACGAGGGAGAAAUUUUGAAGACAAUGCCUGAUAUAUGCAUUGUAUACAAACUUCACUUGAGAUGGGCAACAUUGAUAAAUGUAUACGAUUGGAUGCUGAGUUUCAAAUCAAUCGUUGAACCAAAAAGUGAGGAUGAUGAAAUUAGCUCAGAGAUUCAUGCUCGUUUCACGCAAGCUGUGGCAGAUCUCCAGUUCCUGGGAUACAUCAAGCACACAAAUGUGAAAAAAGAUCAUGUUGUCCGAUUGACAUUUGAACGUUGACUUUUGCCUAGAUUUUUUCCAAAAAAUGUUUUUUUGUUAAUUUUUAUCUCAGGUAAUUGUUUUGAAUAAUGAUCUCUAUUUUUAUCUAACUUUUUUGAAGUUUCAGCAGAAUCUUUCAGAGCAUUAACUUAUUAGAAGCGAAGGUGUGUUCAAACUUGUGCACUGCAGUUGUUCUAAAAAAUUUACACAUUGAUUUUGUUGUUUGCUGUCCUUAUAUUUUAUAUAUUUUAAAUCCAACAAGACUUUCAAGUUACUAGAUGGACUAUAAGUACUUCAGGGAUGCUCAAAAAUCUAGGGCAUCAGAGCAGUCUUUUGGUGUCAAAAUUUGUGCAAACAAGGCUUUGGCUCCCACAACACUGUUUUGAACCUUUGUAGAAGUGCUUCUGUGAUUAGAUAAAGUGGUCCAUCACUGUCUGUCUAAGUCAAUUAUAGGAACAAAAUUGAAGAACCUUGAGAGGAGAAUUUUUUAACACACCGCAACAUCAGGACACCAUCCUGCCUUUCAAUCCAGAAUUUUUCUUAAAUUCAAAGUAUAAAUAAAAGCAGAACUUGAAGUUAGUGCAAAAUUAAUGUGCUAAAUGUAAGUUUAUCCCAGUUUUAUGUUCUACCAUUUUGCCAUUGAUUCUCCAAAUCGAAAACAUUUUGUCUUGCAGGGUCCUUAGAAACUAGAAAAUAUAUUGAUAGUGGAACUCCCAGACGAUGUAUCUCAUUUGUGGUGUUUUAAAACUCCACCCACAUUUUAUUUUUUUUUGAACGAGAACAAAUCAACAUCAUUCCUUGAAAUUUUCACAAAAUUUUCUUUGCACAGAGAAAAGAAAUCGUGAACAUUUUUAAGAAUUGAUGUUGCAUCGUUUUCCAUUUAAAAAAUGAAGUGCGAGUCUGCUAAGUCCCAAAUCAAGAUACGAGGGUUUAGGAGUUUCAUCAUUGAUAUGCAACAUGAUUAAUGUUGACUAUGCACUUGUUUUUAAUGCAUCAAUUGCUCAGGAAUUUUCAUUACCUUUAUGUAUAUUUCAUUUGCAAGAAGAAGAAAAAUUAAUAUUUUGAUAGUGUUGGUAAAAGAAAAGAAACGAAAUUGAGAUUCUCUGGAUGAGUUAUAAAUUAUUCAAGCGGACAAUGUUCAAUCCUCAAAACUAAAAGUAUUAGUUCUGCCUCUGGAGCAUCAGGUAUUUCAGUUGGACAUAUUCCUGCUGAAUGGAAUUAAGUGCCAAUUUGAGUACCGUUUGAGGGUUUUAGAAUCCCAGAUAGCAUGUUUCGUCAAACGGAACUAAGCACCCCGGAAAAGCAUUGUGAGCAUAAAACGGAAUGAGCUCCACGGUUUGCAGCACCUGCCAAUCCAACCCCCCACUUCCUACCUCCCCCUAUGCUCCUUAGUUUCGUUUCGCAGAAAUAUGUCCAGUUGUGACGUUUCACAGUUGAUCAGUUUCAGUUUAAGCCUGCUUACUUUUAAGUUUUUUUCCUGCUCUGAUUUUAACUUUGUUGUUUGUUUUCAUUCAUUUUUAGGAAACUGAAAAAAAGGAAAUUCAAUAUUUUCUGAUUCUGAAUCAAGGAUAAACUUGUAAUUUUGGAUUGUGUACCUGUUAUCUCUAAUUCAUGUUAACCUUUCUUUUUAUAUCAUCAAGUUACAUUGACAUUUUAGCAUUCCUGUAUUCUUUUUAAGUAUCAUUGUUAGAUUUGUUAUUUUUUAAACAUUUUUUAAAUCGUACUUUAAUAUAUUGUCUGUUUUAACAUAUCUCCAAUUUUGACUGGCAGCAUUCAAAGCCCAUGUAAUAUUCCUUGGUAGAAAGAACCUUCAUGUAUUUAGGAAAGUGAUGUCUGUCAAGCAGGGUUGAAAAAUUAGACUUUGCUUUUUUGAUGAGAACCACCCUGUAGUUCCCUAAGAAUGAUAUCCAAGAAAUUUAGUUGGUUUGUCAAUCGAAGGAAGGCUGUACUGCUGUUGCACAUAAAUCAAACAAUUUUGAACCUUGUAAAUGGUAGGUACUUGGUUCCUAAAUAGUUUCCUUCUCGUAACAAAUUUUCUUGAGCUAAAAACUUCAAACCAUAUCCGCUUUGUCAAUGUCUAAUGUUUGACGGCUUUUGUGCUAUAACAUAUUUGCAGAACAUCCCUGUAAGGUAGUGCCAAUAAUAAAAUUUUGAGUUUUUGUCUAUUGACGUAAUUUUUCCCAUGUACAAUCUCAAAUAAUAAAUGUAAAAAUUCAAAUACACAGGGUGAUUUAGACCAUACCUAUCAGACUUUUUAAAGUUAAUUCAGGCUAUCCAAGAAACCUGACAUUUAAUAUCAGGACCCCCCUUUUACUGCCCAAACAAAACCAUAGGGGCAGGGGGUGAUGAAAUUCUUAUACUUCAGGGUCAAUCUCCUAUUCAUUCCUGCAGGCCAUGACCUCAGUUGACCUAAAAUAUCUAAGAUUCACUGAUACAAGUCUGGCACAGGUCGUCUAGAUCAACCUGUGUAGGAAUUUCAGUUUUUGUAAUUCUAUAAAAUGUCCGAGAUGUUGAACAUAUCUAUCAAUUAAGUGUUCUUAAGAAAUCUUUAUAUCAAUCUGGAAGAUGCGCUGUUGCUUACCUAUCAGAUUAUUAUCUGUAACGUAACAUUUUAUCUGUGUCUCAACCUAGAAAAAUCUCAACCAUAAAAAAAAUAAAAAAUUAGGUGUAUCAAGCGUAACGAAUAAGUCUGUAAAUUCUUUGUAAAUAUAUUAAGAAACCUCAUAUGGUUUGUAAGAGGAUAUUGUAACUCAUUGGUUUAAAAUCUUUUGAAAAUCUUGUCAUUAUUUUUAACAGGAACCCAUUUUAAAAGUUUUUUUGGCUUGUUUACCUGUAAUAUUAAAUAUUUAUUUUUAACUGUGAUGCUUUUGCCUUAAGUGAAGGGUCUUAAUUGAUAAAGAAUGUAUAAAGUAAACUUUCAGUAGAUAAAUGUGUUCCUAGUUGUGUUUUAUAAUAAAUUCAGAGCCACUUUGCUGCAAAAGGGCAAGAUAGAAAGGAAUUAAAAUGUCAGGCAUCAAUCUUCACAAGGAAAGAUUGACCCGAUGCAUUAGUUUUCGUGAAAAAUUUUACAGUGUGUAUCCUUACCGUCACAAACAAUAUCCCGGGUGAUUUUUUUGAAAUUUGAUUUUUAUUCAUCCCUUUUAUUUUUUUGCUUUAUUUAAAUUUUUUUUAGAGUAUCAAAAUCAUAGAAUAAUUAUAAAACUAUUUCUGGAAAUUAACCCUCAGAUUUUCUCUCCUGUUCCAAUGACAAUAAAAUACUAAUUACAUUUUGAAA